AUGGAAAAGAUAAACAAUGUCACGGAAUUUGAGCUCUUGGGAUUUUCUCAGAAUGUAGAAGUGCAGAAAGCGUGUUUUGUGAUAUUUUUCCUCUUCUAUGCCAUCAUCCUUCUGGGAAACAUCCUCAUCAUGCUGACCGUCUGUUUGGGAAACCUCUACAGGUCACCCAUGUACUUCUUCCUCAACUAUCUGUCUCUGGUAGAUCUUUGCUACUCCUCCGUCACGGCCCCCAAGAUGAUUAGAGACCUGAUCUCCGAGAGGAAGACCAUUUCCUUUGAGGGGUGUAUGAUGCAACUUUUUGGUGUCCAUUUCUUUGGUUGCACCGAGAUCUUCCUCCUUACGGCGAUGGCCUACGACCGUUACGUGGCCAUCUGCAAACCUCUCCGUUACAUGAACAUCAUGAACAGGUCUGUGUGCAAUAAAAUGCUCGUGGGCACGUGGGCUGGGGGUUUCAUCCACUCCAUCAUUCAGGUGGCCUUGGUUGUCCAGCUGCCCUUCUGUGGCCCCAGUGUGAUCGAUCACUAUUUUUGCGACGUCCAUCCUGUGCUGAAACUUGCCUGUGCCAAUACCCAUCUGGCUGGUGUUGUAGUCACGGCCAAUAGUGGGACGAUCGCUCUGGGGAGCUUUCUCAUCUUGCUCUUCUCUUAUGCCGUCAUAUUGUGGUCCCUGAGACAGCAGAGCGAGGAAGGGCGGCGAAAAGCUCUCUCUACCUGUGGUUCUCACAUCGCUGUGGUCAUCAUCUUCUUUGGGCCCUGUACUUUUAUGUACAUGCGUCCAGACACCACCUUUUCAGAAGAUAAAAUGGUUGCCAUAUUUUAUACCAUCAUCACCCCCAUGUUGAACCCUCUGAUCUACACCCUGAGGAAUGCAGUGGUGAAGAAUGCCAUGAAGAGGUUAUGGAGUAGGAGAGUGGCUUUGCAAGAAUGA